GAUAGCCUCCAAGGAGUCCUCAGACAAAACACAACCAACAGGGACGUGUUACACUUUCUCCUGACAUCCACCACCGCAGAGACACUUGAAACCAGAGCUUGUUCCAGGGCAGUUAUCAGAUCUCUCUGGAUUUCUGAGGUGCAAAGAACUUAAAGAGAAGCUUUUGUUUUGUUUUUAAGUGAUUUAAAACUUUUUGGGGGGUCGACAUGGCACUUCGACAGAACUCUGACAAGGAGCCAAGCAUUGAGUUGUUCAUUAAGGCUGGGCAUGAUGGCGAGAACGUGGGGAACUGCCCCUUCUGUCAGAGGCUGUUCAUGGUGUUGUGGCUGAAAGGAGUCAAGUUCACAGUGACCACUGUCGACAUGAGGAAGAAGCCGGCUGAGCUCAAAGACCUGGCCCCGGGGACCAACCCUCCUUUCCUCCUCUACAACGGCACCCUCAAAACAGACUUCAUCAAAAUCGAGGAGUUUCUUGAACAAACACUGGCUCCUCCGAGGUAUCCUCAUCUCAGCCCGCUGAACAAAGAGUCCUUUGACGUGGGCGCUGACAUUUUUGCAAAGUUCUCUGCUUUCAUCAAGAACAGUCCAAAUAACGCCUUCCAUGAGAAAAACCUCCUGCGGGAGUUCAAGCGUCUGGACAACUACCUGAACUCGCCGCUCCCCGAGGAGGUCGACCACAACUCCAGAGAGUCCGUCGGUGUCUCCAAGAGGAAGUUUCUGGACGGCGACCGCCUCACUUUAGCUGACUGCAACCUGCUGCCCAAACUGCACGUCAUCAGGAUUGCUGCCAAGAAGUACUGUGACUUUGACAUCCCCACAGAGUUCACCGGCGUGUGGAGAUACCUUCAGAACGCCUACGAGAGAGAGGAGUUCAAACAGACGUGUCCCGCCAACAUCGAAAUCGAGAAGGCUUACUUCAGCGUGGCCAACAAGAGGAAAUAAAAACCUUUAUGUUUGUUGUAAUUUAUGUCCAAUUUCCACAGUGUAAGCGUGCAUGUGGAGCUGGUGAUCUGUAGAGGGCGCUACAAGCUGCAUGAAUAGCCUGUGGCAAUCAAUCAGACUCACAUGAAUCACACUGUUCCACCUUAAAAACCUUAAACCUGCUGUUUAAGUGAGACUUGUCUGUCUUGACACUUUAUACAUAGUCACUCACAGAUAGAUGGUAUCUUUAUGCCACGUUGAAAAGGCCAAAUGUGCAAUUAAUGUUUUUGUUUAUAGUGUAAAUAGAUAUUUUUCCAAUGUUUUUUUAUGAUCAAAACACCCUUAUUAAAACAUGUAUGAUUGUAUUAGUGUGAGCAGCAUCUGCAGAAACCUUCAUAAACAGUUAAUUUUUAUAAAAAAUCAAGAAAUAAACUUCUGUAUCUGAUAUGACUCAAUUGUCUCACUGUCACACUAAUAAAAAAAUAUCUAAUUAAUUUGUCCUUAUCUUGAUUUUUGUGCACAAAGUAGUACUAUACUGCCCUACAAAGCCUAAC